AACCCAGCUUUGCACCACCUACUGGACCUCCAAGCAAUUAAUUGCAGAAAUAUUGCAUUGUCGAGGACUAUACUUGGAUUCUAGGAAGGGCAUGGAUUUAGGGUAUUCUUCCUCGGACUCAGAUACCGACGAUGAGAAUGCAAAGAAGAGACGUCAUGAUGAAGACGCUAUAGAUGGCGGAAACAAAAAGGAAGAAGAGGUGACAAGUAUUGACAUUGACAUACGGAAGGUGUUUCAUCUGCACAGCACGGAGCAGUCGAAAAGGCGCAAACUUGAUGACCGAAGCGGUAAAAUUAGCCGGGCCAUCAGCAAGGUUUUGAACGACAAAGUCGAAAUAGAUUCGACUACAGGUGAUGAUGGUGAGCUUGAUGGUGGUGAGUCUGAAUCGGCGGGAAAAAAGGGGGUGAAGGACAAGCUGGGGAUACCCAAGGAUGCUGUAGUUGCGGAGCUCGAUAUGAGUGACUUCUACAAACAUAACCAGGAGGAGUUGGAGUCAGGACGGCUAAAUGCAGAACGGCAAGCGAAAAUAGGCGAUAUUGUCUAUCACCGGGAGGCGGGCCACUCCAACGCGGGAAGGUUGGACCGGGUCAUCCAAUUCAACCUCAACAACGAGGAGAAAAUCAUGUACCAGAACAAGGAAAGGAUCGCCAAGGAGAUGGCGAUUGCGAGGGAGAAGGCCAACGCAGGGCGUGGAUAGCUUCCGCACGUGUCGCAGCUCUCUGGAAGUCAAGUAGCUCAACUCGCUAUUAAAACUAUAUAUGUACACGUCAGAUAGUAGGUUAUAUACGUAAACGGGUCUCCUCAUAGAGCGCUUUUCUUUUCUUCCUCGUAUUCCUUCUGCAAUUGGUGGAUCGUGUCUUCGUCUAAUGGCGGGAUAGGAAUGUCGUCAAAGUCGUCCUGGUUCAAGAAGUUGUACGUGUAGGUGUAAAUUCCAACCGGAACCGCAAUGAGAAUGGCAAGGCCAAUCAUGUUCUUGACAAAGUAUGGCUGACGUGCACGUAGUAGCGCAGGCGACAUUCUGUAUGUGUGGGGCUCGUAGUAGCCGUUGUUGCUCAACAUGUUGCGUGCGAUAGAUGUGAAAUGCAUAGUUGGGCGUGGAUCAGUGGGUGGGUGUUGGC